AUGCGGGGUUAUGCGCACAGGUGUGGCGCAAUCUCAAGGCUCUUCAGCAUCGGUGAGAGUGUUGAGGGGCGGCCGCUGUGGGCGCUGGAAAUCUCCAGCCGGCCGGGAGUGGAGGAAGCCAAGCCCAGCUUCAAGUACGUGGCCAACAUGCAUGGCGAUGAACCCUCCGGCAGGCAGCUGUUGUUAGCGCUGGCGGAGUGGUUGUGUGCUAAUCACGCAGCGGACGAGAGGGCGAAGCGGACCGUGGAGGAUCUGCACCUGUUCAUUCUGCCGUCCAUGAAUCCCGACGGCUUCGAGCGGCGGCAGAGGGCAAAUGCACAUCUUGUGGAUCUGAACAGGGAUUUUCCGGACCCCUUUGAGCGGGGGGAGGCGGGCAUUGUGGAACCCGGCGGGAGGGAACAGCCCGAGACGCUGGCGCUCAUGCAGUGGAUCCGCAGCCGCCACUUCGUCGCGUCAGCCAGCCUGCACGAGGGGGCGCUGGUGGCCAACUACCCCUGGGACGGCACGGCGGACAGGGGAACGCACUACUCGAGGGCGCCCGACGACGCGGCGUUCCUGCACCUGGCGCAUGUGUACGCGGACGCGCAUGCAACCAUGCAUGCAAGCCCCGAGUUCAAGGGCGGGGUGACUAACGGCGCGCACUGGUACCCACUCUGGGGCGGCAUGCAGGACUGGAACUACAUAGCGGGGGACUGCCUGGAGCUGACAUUGGAGCUGGCCCCCCACAAAUGGCCGCCGCAGCAGGAGCUGCCGGGCCUGUUUGAAGACAAUUUGCCCGCCAUGCUGGCCCUGCCCCUCGUGUCCUGUUUUGGUGGCGUCCGGUGCCGUCCUGACCAUCCAAUUAUCUCUGCACCGUGUGCUUUCUGUGUUGGCGCAAGAUGGGUUCAAGGUGGAGCACAUGCUCUAGGGGAGGCCGGGGCAGCGGGAAAGGGGCGGCCGCUCGGGGCUGUCAUACAUGUGGAGGGUAUUGACAAGACCAUGUCAGCCUCCUCCACAUUCGGCGACUUCUACAGGCCUCUGGCUCCGGGCACCUACAACGUGACAGCGGCGCUGGCGGGGUAUGCGAAUGAGACGGUGACAGUGAUAAUACCGGGGGACGGGUCAGGGGAGACGGUGGAAUUUUUCAUGAGCCGCGCAGGGCCGAACGCGGCGGCGGUCAACUGGGGCCUCGCGCGAAAAUUCGGGCCGCUCAGAGAGGGCCCACCCGGGCCGGUGCGCUGCCCACGCUGCCCCCACAAUUUAAAUUUGAAUUUGAGUUCUGCUUUACCGCUGGCCAUGAAGGCUGGGUACCCUGCGUCACGGACUCAUCGAGCGUGA